AUGCAUGGAAAGAGCUAUUUCCGUGUUGAAGACUACAUUCCAGCAAGUCGAAUAGAGAAAAUGACCCUGGCAUACGUACAGCGAGAACUUGCUAAAUUACAUCGUAUGAAUCGUUCCCUAUUUGAGGAUGAAGCUGAACUAGAAUUUUUAAAGGUGACUCAGCAACUUCCUGAAUAUGGAGUGUUAUUCUAUCAUGUGUCCCAAGAGAAGAAAGGAGCAGGAGGGGACAUCAUCCUGGGAAUCUGUGCCAAAGGCAUCAUUGUGUAUGAGGUCAAAAAUCACACAAGAAUUGCCAGUUUAAGAUUCCAGUGGCGUGAAACAGAGAGAAUUUCAGCUCACAGAAGAAAAUUUAUGAUUGAAAGCAGCUUCAGUGGCAAGAAACACACCUUCUUUACCGACACAGCAAAGACAUGUAAAUAUCUACUGGACCUCUGCUCUGCCCAGCACAAAUUCAAUGCACAGAUGAAUUCUAGGCAACUUCGCCAAACUUCAUCAGAGGAAAGUAAAUAUAUGGAAAUAGACAAAUCAAAUUCUGCAUAUGCAGCUCAGCGUGAACACCUUGCCCUGAUUCAGAGACUGUCUCGUUCAGAGAAUGUGCUCUAUGGAGCAAAUCUGGAAAACCUUUCUGCUGGGAUGAUGAGCAAAUCUUGUGACAACCUCAGUGUGGAAACCAACAACAGGACUAGAGACAAAAGCAAUCUUGGCAGAUCCACAUCGGGGCUAUCCCAGUCAGAAAUGCACAUCAAUUUGAAUGGAAAGCAAAGGAGUUAUGACUACCUCUCUAUCCACUCAACUCAGAACACAAUCAGUGCACCUGGAUCACCAGCCACCCAAAAGGAAGUUUUGCUAAGUGGUCUAGAAAGAGAAAUCAUUUGUGUCAGCCUAAAACGUGACCCUAAGAAUGGAUUUGGUUUUGUAAUUAUUGGAGGAGAAAAUAUAGGAAAAUUGGACCUCGGUAUCUUUAUCGCUUCAAUUAUCCCUGGGGGACCUGCAGACAGAGCUGGAAAUAUCAAACCAGGAGGACGACUCAUCUCUGUGAAUAAUAUUAGUCUUGAGGGCGUUUCGUUUAAUACUGCAGUUAAAAUCAUACAGAAUUCUCCUGACGAAGUGGAGCUCAUCAUCUCUCAACCCAAAGACAUGUAUGAAGAAGGAUUAAAUGAAGAAAAGAAUCUAUCAAGAGGAAACAGCACUAGUGGAUCUGAGAUCUCUUGUGUAGACAGUGGGAGAAAAAAGAUUCAGGAUUGUCAUACAGCUCUCCCCAAAGAACAGAACAUAAAUAUAGAUGAACUUGAGAAGGCUCUUUCCUGGAGUUUAGCACCAAAAUUGGGCCCUAGGAUUCCAGUUCCUUCAAAUGACAGCCUGGAUGUGGAGGAAGCUGAUUCUUUGCACUUACCAUCUCCAUCUGAAACCAACUCAAAGGAAAUCUAUACCGUGGAGCUUGUAAAAGAAGACGGGACUUUCGGAAUCAGUGUGACUGGUGGAAUUAACACUACUGUGCGUCAUGGUGGGAUAUAUGUGAAGUCAAUUAUUCCCAGGGGACCUGCAGAUAAGGACGGACAAAUAAAGAUAGGUGAUCGUCUGCUGGAAGUAGAUGGCAUCAGCCUCUGCGGCAUCACCCACAAACAGGCUGUGGAACACCUUAAGAAAUCUGGCCAGAUUGCCAAGCUGGUUCUAGAAAGGGGAAACUACCAAUUGGCAGAGCCAUGCCUGACUGCUAAUGACAGAAAGGAGGACCAAUGUGCAGUUGUUUCUGUGGCAACAUCCUUCACAGAUGGUACCAAGGACUACUGCUUUUUGACAGAUGAUAAUACAUUUGAAGUCAAAUUGACAAAGAAUUCUGGAGGCCUCGGCUUUAGUGUUCUGCAAAUGGAAGGAGAUUCUUGCAAACACCUUGGAGGAGCUAUUGUCAGAAUCAAAAGACUGUUUCCAGGGCAGCCAGCUGAAGAGAAUGGCGAAAUUGAAGUCGGAGACAUCAUUUUAGCUGUGAAUGGGAAGCCUAUUCAAGGACUCUUGUAUCAGGAUGUCCUGCACUUGUUGCGAGGAGCUCCUCCAGAAGUCACACUACUACUUUGCAGACCACCAAAAGGUGUUCUUCCAGAAAUAGAGCAGAGUGCCCUGACUCCAGCACCAUCUCCAAUUAAGGAGUUUGUGGCAGAAAUGCCAGGCAGUACAGAGGUAGGAAAUAGUAUGGAUCAGUCUACCAGUGAUGGAGGUAGCACCUCUCCAGACCUCGAAGAUUGCCUGGAUUCUCCAGUGGCCGCAGAUUUCAGUGAGCCUCCAGAAGAGGAGAGCUCAACUUACGAAGAGCAGGAAGAUGAGUUUCAAGAGAAGCCCACACAGAAACUUAUGACUCCCAGGGAAAGUUUCUAUAAGCAUUUUCGAAAGUUUCAUCAAGAAGCUGCCAGAUCUGAAGUCUUUCACUCCUUAGAGGAAGAAGUGAAGCAGAACUGCUACUCACCAUGUGAAUUUGAACGGGCCAAAAGCCACAUAUUUAGUAAGAGUGAUGAUGACCUAUCGAACACAAAAUGUAUGCCUGAAACUCUCUCUCUAACCCCUAUUGAUGAAGAGUAUCUCACUAUCAGCUCAACGUCUGUGACCUCACUUUCACGGGGAGGAAGCUCCGAGACACUCUCCACAACCACGGCGACCCCACAACCACGUGUUUGUGGUCCUUUCUCAUCAUCCCUGCCUGCUAGAGAGACACGUGACAGUGACAACGAAUGGGAAGACUUGGAGGAACUAGAUGAAGAGAAGGAAGAAAAGGAAGAUUGCACUAGGGAAAUGGAGAUCUUUGUGACUUUGACAAAGUCAGAGAACAACAGUUACGGAUUCUCUGUAGUUCUUAACAAAAUGGACAACUGCCUGUAUGUUGAUGAAAUCUUGAAUGAGCCUGCCCUGUCUGAUGGAAGACUAAGAAGGGGAGACAGAAUCAUUAUGGUGAAUGGAAUUGAUGUCACAUCUUUACCAUGCAAUGAAGCCCUGACUUUACUGCAGAGCUCUCCUCCUGAUCUGCACCUUGUGGUUGGUCGUGCUGGCAGUGAUCCACAUCCCUCUAUUAGGCCAGAUGAGAUUCCCGAAAUUACUCUCACAAAAGGUGCCAAUGGACAGCUAGGCUUGAAGCUGACAGGAGGAGCUGGAAGCAAGUUACAAGGUAUUUAUGUGCUAGAGAUAGUGCCUGGCUCUCCUGCCAGUGUGGAAGGCAGUUUGCAGCCACGAGAUCAGAUUGUUUACAUCUGUGGACUGUGGACUGAGGGCAUUAGCCUGGAUGAUGCAGUGAGAGUGUGUGAAGCUGCCACCCAGAAUGUCCAAAUCAAAGCCACAAGAAAUGGCAAUCCAGUGGUUCCUAUAGAGCAGGAAAAUAAGAAACAUUUAGAGGAAACAAACUGUGGUGCUCAGCAGAACACUCCCGAUUCUCCAGAAUGUAAG